UGUUCGGGGGCAGGGAAGCAAAGGUGGUUUGAAUUCUUCCGCAUCAGCUGUGAUGGAGCACAGACGAGGGGCUCAGGUGCAGCUGCUGCGAGAGAAGAAGAGAGCAGUGGCAAUACGAAUGUGGCACUGAAAGGAUUUGUUUCUUUAGCACAAUGGAUGCGCUAGACUCUCCUCUGAAUUGGGAGAUUACUGCUUUGUACAUGCAGCCUCUCCUCUCGCAAGGACUGAAACAUUGAUUAAUAUGUUUGGCAGCCUGGGAAUUUGGAAUUAUCUGCAAAUGCGGUCCACUACCUUCCUGCUUCUUGGCUGAUUUUGCGGUCUUUGAAAGGCUUGCUGCAUUUUUGCACCUAAGACAAAAAGUGCCUCAGGUCACUUUUUAAGAGGAAGGGAAUAUACCUUGGUAUUGGCAUUGGCAUUCUGUGAGAUCUUCACAUUUCUUUCGGGGGUCUGGUCUCCUUCUCUCUCUUCACUCUGUUAUGAGAAACAGCUGGAAGUGGUACACUGGAGGGAGCUAGUCAGCAGCCUUGCUGUGUCGAGGUGUGUCAGCAGUCCUCUGAUGCUGAGGAGGCAUGUGCAGCCCGAAAGUGCUGUCUGCGGAGACUGAGGGGAGCAGCAGAGCAAGCUGGAGGAGCAGAACGGAGCAGUGUGGGAGUGAGGAGUGGAGUGGAGUGGACCAGUGAGCAGUGGAAUGAGGCGGAGAGGGGAGUGAGCCACAGCAUGCUGGAAGAGUAGAGUGAAAGCAGGGCAGCGGCAGAGUCAGACGGAGGAAUUGCAGUUAAAAGCAGAUGCUGUGCUGGCUGCUUCCAGUCGCUGUGGUCUGUGGCCCACCCUUACCUCUGCCAUGAACCAGUCCACGGUUGAAUGGAGAGCUGUGAGUGUGAGCAACACCUCAGUUAACCUGUCCAACCACGCUUGCCCAUUGGGCUUUGGCCACGACGACGCAGUUGACGUUUGUGUCCUCGAGACUGCCAUCAUCGUGUUGCUGACAGUUCUGAUCAUAGUGGGAAAUCUUACGGUGAUCUUUGUGUUCCACUGUGCCCCACUCCUUCACCAUUACACCACGAGCUAUUUCAUCCAGACCAUGGCCUAUGCAGACCUACUUGUUGGGGUAAGCUGCUUGGUUCCUGCACUCUCUCUCCUUCACUAUCCCACGGGCAUGCAGGAAUCUCUCACCUGCCAGGUUUUUGGCUACGUCAUUUCAGUGCUGAAGAGUGUAUCCAUGGCUUGCCUGGCUUGCAUCAGUGUCGACCGCUACCUUGCCAUUACAAAACCACUCUCCUACAGCCAGCUAGUCACCCCAUGCCGUCUGAGGCUGUGUAUCAUUCUCAUAUGGAUAUACUCCUGUGCAGUUUUCCUGCCCUCAUUCUUUGGAUGGGAGAAGCCAGGCUAUCAUGGGGACAUAUUUGAAUGGUGUGCUACCUCUUGGGAAACCAAUGCUUACUUCACAGGCUUCAUAGUUUGUUUGUUGUACGCCCCUGCUGCCUUCAUCGUCUGCUUCACCUACUUCCACAUUUUUAAAAUCUGCCGGCAGCACACCAAAGAAAUUAGUGAGCGUCGUGCCCGGUUUCCCACCCAGGAUGUGGAAGCUGCUGAGGGUGGGCCCAGCCCUGACCGGCGCUACGCAACGGUCCUGUUUCGGAUUACAAGCGUCUUCUACGUGCUGUGGCUCCCCUACAUUCUUUACUUCCUGCUGGAGAGCUCCCGUGUGCUGGAGAGCCCCUCGCUAUCCUUCGUAACGACAUGGCUAGCCAUCAGCAACAGCUUCUGCAACUGUGUCAUCUACAACCUCUCCAAUAGCGUCUUCAGGCUGGGCUUGAGGAGACUGUCACAAACAGCUUGCUCACUGUGCCUGCGUUUGGGGGACGAGACGGUGAGAGACCCCAAACCCAGGAAACGGGCCAAUUCCUGCUCCAUCUAACGGCCCAAGUGUUUUUAAGGGCAGAAAGCAGAUUGCAUUUACAGCACUCCCUACUGUCUGGCACACUUGUGCAAAACUGCCUGUGGGAACAGGAGAAGUGAUAGCUAAAGGGCUCAUUGGAAUGGUCUGUUGUGGAGCGACAGGAGGCCGUUCCACUAUUCUUGUAGAUAAUGAUCGGUAUCUUAACCCUGUCUAUCUGUCUUGGCUCCACAAUCCUUAUUAACCCUUUCUAACACAAAUCUGUCAGGUUUGUUUUGAAAUGCUCAGUUUAAACCCUGGUCUCAACAACUGCUUGGGAAGAGUGUCUCCGAUUCCUAGAUGCCAGAAGGUGAAAACUGGUCUGCAGUGUUCUGAUCAUUUGACCAAGAUGGAGCUCAUAAUGUAAUCAACCUAUUGACUACCUAAAGGCCUCGAUCCUAAUCACAGAGUAACUAGCUGAAGAGGGCGUUGCAUUCGCUGCUUUGGAAUAUGAGUAGAAGGGCUGAGCGGUGGAGAGGCUUUUGUUAAGAGUGCUCCUCGAGGUACUGUACUGACUAUACAUCAUUCUGAUCACCAAAAGCAUGGGGCAGAUGUUUGUACAGCUUUCUACAGGAACAUAAACACUUUCACUAGGUGUGCUGUCUUCUGAUGUAGGCUGCAACCCUUUAUAACAUGUCAGUGUAAGCUUGCACAUAUUGUACAAAAUAUUUGGUGGAAUUUAUUCUGUGUCUGUGCCUAAUGUAACUAACACACAUUUAUUGUUUCGAGGAGUACUAGAGGGUUAAAGAGGGCAGGAGCUGAAUUUAUCUUUAAACAAUAAGAAUUGAAUGCAAAAAAAAAGUCACAGUGCAGUGAAAGGCAUAUCCUGAAAGGUAUUUCAGAUCGUUGCAUUAACUGUAACAAUGACUUUUCCUCUCUGUAGUUCUGGUACUGAUAGGGAUGAAAGAAAGUGCCAACUGGGUUUGACUGUUUCACUGGCACCGGGACUAUUGAAAUAAAGAGAGAAGAAACGAAGGCUGGGGCUGGGGUGGGGGUAUGGUGAAAUCUUCUGAUUCUGUUUGUAUCAUACUACUCAGGAAUAUGUUGCAAAAAAAAGGGGAAACAACAGUGAGUAUUUGCAUUGUCCUCGGUGUGAAUGCUGCUGAUUAACCCUUUGAGCUCGCCAGCAUCUUUGCUUCUGGUACGUUCGGUCAGUCAGCGCCGACUCAGAGAGCAGUUCGUGGAAUGCCUUUCCACCUGCCAGCACCACAUCCUGAAACAACUUUUCGAUGAUCUGCUGGGUGCAAGGGUGUUGCUGUAGCACUUGAAGGGUUAUGUACUGUGUGAAAUGGGAGAAUUAAACUGUAAGAAUGUAAUGUUAAAUUAUUUUUAAACACUGAUUUAUUGUUAAUUGUUUUACAUUUAAAAAGUGACUUUUAUAUAAACAUAUAUAAUACAUAUAUCUAUAGAAUACGUAUUUGAACAGCCUGUA